GAGGCGGAGGCGGCGGCGGCGGAAGAGGGCGGAGGGUAGUGGGAUGGGGGUCCCGCGGCAGCGCUGAAACUCCGGGUGGGCGUCCAUGGCGCCGCUGCGCUGACAGGGCUGGGAGCAGCUCGCCUUCCGCCCUCGCCCGCUCAGCGUCCGAGCAACCGGUCCUUCCUCGGGGAGCCAGUUCCUCCCCGGGCCGCCGAGCCAUGCCCAUCGCGACCGUCCGGGACGAGCCAGGCAUAAAUUAAUUAUUGGAAAGCUGCUAGACAAUGGAGCCAGACAUCAUUCGAAUGUAUUCUUCAUCUCCCCCACCGCUAGACAAUGGAGCAGAGGAUGACGAUGAGGAUGAAUUUGGGGAAUUUGGUGGAUUUUCAGAAGUCAGCCCUUCUGGUGUAGGGUUUGUUGAUUUUGAUGCACCAGAUUAUACUCGUCCUAAGGAAGACUUUGUACCUUCAAACCAUUUUAUGCCAAUUCACGAUUAUUCAGAAAAUGUAGAUAGCCUUACAAGCUUUAAGUCCGUUAAAAAUGGUAAUGAUAAGGAUAUCACUGCUGAACUUUCUGCUCCUUUGAAAAAUCAAUCUGAUGUUGUACUUUCUACCACCAGCAAAGAAAUGAUUCCAUCUAAAAUUUUAGAGACUUCCAUCGAUGGCAUGGAAAGCCUGGGAGAUUUAAAUAAAGUAAUGAUACAGGGGCCAAACACUGGGCAACCCAGAAGUUUCUCUCCAGGAGAGUUUAGAACUGAUGCAGACAUCGUUCAUCAAACCAAGCAGUUAGAGAGCUGCAAUGGUGAAAAGCCUCCUUGCCUGGAAAUUCUAACAAACGGGUUUGCAGGUUUAGAAACUGUAAAUCCUCAGGGAACAGAAGACCUGGACUGCGUGGCUGAUUCAAGGAGAUUGAAACCUCAUAGUCCUCGUGGCACUGAGUGUGGUUUAGAGUCUGCAUCUAGUCCUGCUAAGGAAUUUGCAGAUUUUGCUGCCUUUUCCCAAACAGAAAGGAUACAGCUAGAAGAAGUAGAAUGUGCAGUUUUAAAUGAUGGUGACGCACUGACCAUUCAGGAAAACAACAGAGUCAACGAACUGAACUCUAUGAAGGGCAUGUCUGUGGGUAGAAGCUUUGAGGAUGAAGGAGUUACUGAUGGAGAACAUCAAGUCUGUGUUUCAGAGGUCCAUGUGAUAACUGACAGAGAUCUCCAUGUUGAAAAACAACACCUUCAAACACUGCGACAGGAUGAAUUCUUAAAUUCAAGAAUUCAGUCUGAGGCUUGGAACUUGGUAGACUCAACUGAAAAUUCAGAAGCCAUUAGGCGGGACCAGUGUAAAACUGAGGAAAAUGAUUUAUUUGCUUCUAAAUGUGCUGACUUAUGCAUGGAUUCUAUUAAAACUUCUGAUGUUAAUGAAGUUGAUUCUUCCAAAGAAGAAAAUAGAAAGUUUACUAAUUCCAAAAGCCCGAACCUUGAUCCCACAGAAGAAAAUAUUUUGGAUGAUUCAGCUGCAAGCAUAAAAAAUGGUGACAGUGGUAACGACUUUGUGACUUGCCACGAUACCAAUGAAGAUGAUUUUGGCGACUUUGGUACAGCCAGUGGCGCCACUCCACCUUUUGUUACUUGUACUCAAGAUUCAAUGAGUGAUAUCACUUUUGAAGAGACCUCGGAACAUUUUCUACAUUUUAGUGAGCCAGGUGACGAUUUUGGAGAAUUUGAGGAUACAAAUGCUGCUUCUUGCCAAGAGGAAAUGAUAUUUACUGAGUCCAACCUAAAACAAACCUCUGGUAGUUUGUCAGAGGAAGAUCAGUUGGCAGGAAAGUCUGCUGGAAAAGACAGUGAACCUGACUCAAACCUGAAAAAUGGUCAAGACAGUGAAUUUGGAGAUUUUGAUUCUGUGCCAAAUACUCAAGACAGCAGUAGCGCUUUUCAGGACUCUGAUGAUUUUGCUGACUUCAGUUCGGCUGGUCCUAGCCAAGCUAUAGACUGGAAUGCUUUUGAGGAUGAACAAAAAGAUGGUUGUUCUUGGGCUGCCUUUGGAGAGCAGCAGGCUACUGAAUCCCACCAUCGAAAGGAAGCCUGGCAGUCACACAGGACAGAUGAAAACAUUGAUGCUCUGGGAGCCCCUAAGAUGCACAGCAUCCCUUUAGCGACUUCCAAAGGAACAGUUGCCAGUGGCCAUUUGCAGGAUUCAGCCACUUCAGUUCAGACAGCUUUACUCAACCGGUUGGAGAGAAUUUUCGAAGCCUGUUUUCCUUCUGUAUUUGUCCCUGAUGCUGAAGAGGAAGUUACUUCCCUGAAGCACUUGCUGGAAACAAACACCUCGCAGAUAAAAACAAGAGAGGCCUUAGCUGAAAAUGGUGAAUUGCUGGAUGUAUGGACGGAACUGCAGGAUAUUCAUGAUGCACAUGGCUUGAGAUACCAGUGGGGUGGCUCCCAUAGCAACAAGAAGCUUUUGUGUUCCUUGGGAAUAGACACUCGAAACAUUCUGUUCACUGGCAAUAAGAAGCAACCUGUUAUAGUACCCAUGUAUGCAGCAGGAUUGGGUAUGUUAGAGCCCACCAAGGAACCAUUGAAACCACUGUCUGCUGCAGAAAAAAUUGCUUCUAUUGGUCAGACAACCAUUAUGACACCAGAAAUGAACACAUGUACAUCUGAUCCAUUCCAGGAGUGUCUACCACCCGUCCAGUUUGACUGGAGUAGCAGUGGCCUUACUAACCCUUUAGAUGUGUGUGUCUUACCCCUUUUUACACAUAACCCCUCCUCCCUUGGCUUACCUUCUGUGUGGCUGCCUACCAACACGGUCACUGAAUUCCAAGCUAGUGGAGGUUCCACUCUUCUGAACCUUGAUUUCUUUGGGCCCGUGGAUGACAGUAGCUCUAGCAGCAGCACAAUCCCAGGUGUGGAUCCAGAGUUGUAUGAAUUAACAACUGCUAAGCUGGAGACCUCCACCUCAAGCCUCAAAGUGACUGACGCAUUUGCGAAGCUCAUGUCUACAGUGGAGAAGACGAGCACAUCGACCAGGAAACCAAAAAGGGAGGAACACCUAAGUGAAGAAGCUGUGAAGGUGAUCGCCAGCCUUCCGGACUUAACCUUCAUGCAUGCCAAGGUGUUGAUGUUCCCAGCCACACUGACACCUUCCACAAGCUCCCAGGAACAAGCAGAAGGAUAGCUGGUUGAACUGGACAGUUUCAAAUACUUUUUCCUUUCCUCUAUCCCUUCCCUACCAUCAAAAACAUAUCUGCUGUAAUUUAAAAAUGAAUAAAUACAUUCAAGUUCAGCUGAUUUGUUGGUAAGCCACACUAGAAAGGUAUACAUAGUAAUGUAUAUUUAUUUACAUACUGAAGUCCUAAAUUUAUAUUAGAAAAAAUGUAAAUAAUUGGGGAUGAACAUUUUUGAAGAUUUAUUCUUUUGUGUUGCUGGGGUGUAUACAUUUAUGUCUUUGUGAAAUACACUGGUGGUGUCCUUCUUAAAAAAACAAAAAAACUUUUGAAAUAAAAAAAGAAAAUUAAAACCUCCGAUCUCCACUGUCUGAACUCCCCUUCAGUCUCCUCUCAUCGCACUGACCGCUCUUACUUUCCUGCUGGAUGCGCUGUCACUUUACCGCCCCAGAGCCCAGCUCCCUGUGACUUUCAGUUUGGUCUGUGGUGGGCUGUGUCGGGCCUGGGCUCUGUUUUAGUCUUUUCAGUCUGGCACAUCACUGUGUGACCCCCAUCGCUGCUCUCUGGUUAUAAGGUGUGGAUCACUGUCAGAAUUUGACUGGAGGCUUGAUCGAGAUUGUGCCUGUUUUAAUUAGUGUGAUUUGGAGAAGGACCAAAUGAUAUGAAUGUCUUAAAAUGAAAUUUGUUAGAAACCUUUCUGUUCUAUCAUACCAUUAUUUUUGAGGAUUUUGCACAGUGUAGAAUGACAUAAUCAUAGACUGCUGUGGUCCAGGCUGUACACACAGUAAAACUAUGGGUUUAAAUGUUUGGGGAGAUUCCUAUGGAAAAAAGAGAGCCAUGUAGAGGAGCCUCUAACAAGGUCAAUGUGCAUGCCCAAGGCUUUUGAGAUUUCAGUGUGUAAAUUUCCUUUUAGCUUACACAAUAAUAAAAUAAUUUAAAAGAAA